AUGAAAACCUUAGCAAGAAUAUUCCUGGGACUUUUUGUCUUUGAUGCUGUCUUGACUGCUCCUACUCUAGAGUCCAUAAACUAUGACUCUGAAACCUAUGAUGCAACAUUGGAAGACCUGGAUAAUUUCUACAACUAUGAAAACUCACGUAUUGAUCAAUCUGAGAUUGAAAUCGUGACUGUGAUGCCUUCUGGGAAUAGGGAGCUUCCCAGCCCACCACCGCUGCCCCAGGAGCCAGAGGAGGAAGAAUCUACAGCCAAACUGAUUGAUGGUUCCUCCCCACAUGGGCCAGAUUUCAUUGGUGUCCUUGGUCCUCAAACCAAUGAAGACUUUCCCACCUGCCUGCUGUGCACCUGUAUGAGCACCACAGUCUACUGUGAUGACCAUGAACUUGAUAGUGUCCCUCCUCUGCCCAAGAACACAGCCUAUUUCUAUUCCCGAUUUAAUAGAAUUAAAAAGAUCAACAAAAAUGACUUUGCGCACCUGAGUGAUUUAAAAAGGAUUGAUUUGACAUCCAAUUUAAUAUCUGAGAUUGAUGAAGAUGCUUUCAGAGAACUGCCCCAGCUUCGGGAACUUGUCCUUCGUGACAACAGAAUCAGGCAGCUCCCAGAGUUACCGUCCACACUGACAUUCAUCGACAUCAGCAACAAUAGGCUGGGCCGGAAAGGGAUAAAACAAGAAGCAUUUAAAGAUAUGUAUGAUCUCCAUCAUCUUUACAUUACGGAUAAUAACUUGGACCACAUCCCACUACCACUGCCUGCAAACCUCCGAGCUCUCCAUCUUCAGAACAACAACAUUCUGGAGAUGCACGAAGAUACUUUCUGCAACAUUAAGAACUUGACCUAUGUACGCAAGGCUUUGGAGGACAUUCGUCUGGACGGAAACCCCAUCAAUUUGAGUAAAACUCCUCAGGCGUACAUGUGUCUACCUCGUCUGCCAAUUGGUAGCCUUGUCUAAGCCAAAUUCAUGGCUCAGGCAAUGCCCUGUGCUAACAGCAAAAGAAU